AUGAAGCGCCCUGUAUAUAUAAAAGUAACACACAGUAACAUUGACAAUAGUGCACGUCAAUUAUUCUUUAAUAACUUUCUUUUUCUUACUAAACGCGCUCCAUGAUUCAUAGCGGUACUAGUAAAGUUAAAAGAACAACAUUGUUAUUUUCAGCGAUGAAAUAAAAACAUCUUAAUAGCCACAGAUAGAAAAGAAAAAGAAAAACGAAUAUUUCUCGUUGACGAUUAAUGAUUGAAAAACGCAGGACAAAAAUACUGGAUUGUACGAUUCGGAAUUGAAAAUUCAGAGAAAACGUUGCCUCGGUGCCUCGAAUAUUUUAGUCUACUUCGUUGCAUGAAAUAUGACUGGAACGUGAUAGAAUAAAACUUACACAGAAACAUUGAUCACUUUGUGGACUUUCAAAGAUUCUCUUAUAUAAUAUCAAUCGUAUUUCCAUUACCUCCGAUCCUGUCGAGAAAUGUUUUUUUUUUCUCUUCUUAAGUUUAUUUUAUUCAGGAAUAUUCUUAUAUUUAAAAAGAAAUGCACAGAAAUGAUUUUAAAAAAUUGUUUAUUUCUUAUUGCUUCAUAAACGUAGCAUCUCAAUGGACUAGGUUCCUCAGUGAAAUAUACAGUCUUAAAUAAAUGAUAUACACUCGUUCAAUAACUUUUUUAAAAAUCCUUUUGUAUGAUAUAUAUUCGAUUUUAUUACUAUUUUCACUAGUAAUUUUUUUUUUAAAUUUCUUCAAUUCCAUUGUUUUUUUAAAUCUUUAAUUUUUCGAUUUCAAAAAAUCAAGAUCGAAACAGCAUAUAUGUAUUUUUAUCAGUUACCAGAGGAAUUCGAAAUAGAUGCAAAGGGUUAAAAAAAAAAAAAUAGAAGAAUGCCUCAUUAGAAUUUAUUUAUAUUCAAGCGCAAUUGAAAGAUAUUCAAAUUUGAAAAAUUUACUGCCACUUUCAUUGGGUCUAUGUACGUUUGAGCACUACUGCCAUUUUCCAAAAGAUAGUUACAUAUGGAAAGAAAAGCCUGUCUAUUAUAGUGUAUUAUACCAAAUAAAGUGUAAAAACUACAAUACAGGAUUCCUUGCGAGUAAUCAUUUAAAUAAAAAAAUAUUCUAUGUAGAUUAUUGUUAAAUCAUAUUAUAAUUACAAAUUCACCAAUACCGAAAGCAUAAUUCUUACAACUGAUAUGAUUGUUUCAUAAUUUAUUUAGAUAAAGGAAGAUAUUUAAAUAAUAAUAAUUGUCUUCUUGCCUGUGCGGUCUGAAAGAUGAUUGAAUCAAAAAUGAUUAGCGAUUGAAACGUUUGAAAUUAAGAUAACGUAAAGCGCCACAUAGUGCGAAAUAUAUAAAAUACCAUCGGUGCACUUCCGGUCCGUUUUUCUGACAAGUAUCUAAUGACUGUCUGACAUUUCGUUUUUGAUAAUUUCAUUGAAUUAUGUUCGUGAAGCACAUUAUUUAUUUGCAUCGAUGAAACAAUAAUUCACAUAUGUUUUAUUAAAAUAAAGGACGCAAUCGUCAAUAGACAAAAUUUUGCAAUCCGGCAAAUAUAUGCACGUAAGGUAAGGCUGACAAAAUAUCAUUAUCAGGCGUGCCACCGGCAAGGGUUAGAAUUGCUCGAAUUCCGGCACGCUAAUCGCCUAAAAUUUUGUUAAUUUUACCGCUUUUUAGAAUACGCUGUAACGUUUGGCAAAAUGAUCAAAACAGGAGAGGAUAACCUAAAACUUCAAUACCAGCAAACAGUGUAAGUAUUUGUUAAAUCCUCGCUUCAUUUCAGUUAUUGUUGAACGAAAAUAAUAAUUUUUGUACACUUUUACAUCUCUUUUAUUCAUAAUAAUUGAUUUUUAGCUGCUUUUCUAUUGCACCAUGUUAUUACAAUGAAAAUCUUUGAAUUUUGUGUGUUAAUCAAUGAUCUUCAUGAUUAAAUUUAUCAACCUCGUUUUAAUUUCUUUUUUAUUGUUGAAUAUAAAGAUACAUAUAAAAAUUAUAUUCUUUACUUAGGGAAUUCACUGGGCAAGAAAAUCAACAUUCAGUUGAAUUAUAUAGUACCAAUGUUGUUGUUAUUCCUUCGCCAGGAGGACAUAAUCAUGGUAGUUCAAAGGUGAAACUAAAAAAUAUUGUUGAUUUUACAUGGGAGCAUAACUUUUAUCCAGGACAAUUAUUAGCUGUUCAUAUGUCUGGAAAAUAUUUAGCUUAUGGUAUAAAAGUUGGUAAUGGAGGAGGUAUGGUUAGAGUUGUAUAUAAAGAAAUGGAACAAAGAGCUCUGUUAAGAGGAAUGCGUGCAGCAAUACAAGACCUAGCUUUUGCACAUGUUUCAAAUGCAAUUUUGGCAUGUGUUGAUUAUUUGGGAAAUCUUUUUAUACAUAACAUCGAAUCAACACCAUCUGAAUUGUUAUGCAGUUUAUUGCUACAAGUAGAUGCAGAAGAUAUAUCUCCUACCAGUCAUCGUGUGAUAUGGUGUCCAUAUAUUCCUGAAGAUGUACCAUCAGAUGGAGAUAAAGUUUCAAAGCUUUUAGUUCUAACUCGUGGUUCCAAAGUAGAGUUGUGGUCAGUUAAUACUGUUUCAGCAAGAUUCAGAUCAAUAGAGGCAACUGAUCCAGCUGUAAAGGAAAAUGGAGGCAUGCUGGAAAUAGACCAACAUUCUGACACAAUCAUAGAAGCAACAUUCAGUCCAGAUGGCACAGCUUUAGCUACAGCUAGUUUUGAUGGAGAAGUCAAAUUCUUCCAAGUUUAUUUACAUAGUAAUCCUCAUGGUAAUCAAGCACAACCUCGUUGUUUACAUCAAUGGAGACCACAUGGUGGACGACCUAUUUCCUGCUUGUUCUUCUUAGAUGAUCAUAAAACAUACCAUCCAGAAGUUCAAUUUUGGAGGUUUGCCAUAACUGGAUGUGACAAUAAUACAGAAUUAAAAGUUUGGUCUUGUGAAGUGUGGUCCUGUUUGCAGACCAUUAAAUUUGCACCAACACCUUCUACCGGUAAACUACCGGUGUUGAAAGCUGGCUUAGAUCUUAGCGCAGGAUAUCUUUUAUUAUCAGAUAUAUACAACAAAGUUCUAUAUAUAUUAAGUCUUACAAAAGAUAAUGACGAAGUAACAUCAGUAAAUACAAUAUCGGAAUUCCUUCUUCCAUAUCCAAUAUUGAGUUUUGGAAUUGUUGACGCUGGUUUACGUAAAGUACGACCCACUGGCGAAUCACUGGAAGACUUAUGUCCUUCUGAAGAAGAUACCGAAGAGCAACUUGUUAUCAGGAUGUAUCUAGUCCAACCGAAAUCAUUACAAGAAUGUCACAUUGCUUUUAAACCUGCCUCACAAGUGAGUGGUAAUUGCCUCAUGGAUACACUGACUCAUGAUGCACUGGGCUACCAUGAAGACUUACCAGAUAUGGGAAAUGUUAAUCACAAUGGAAUUUCAGGGGAGAAUUGUGAAGAAAAUCGUUCCUUAUCUACUACAAUUGAAACAGCAACAAAUCAUAAUACUGGCUUAAAUCUAAUGACGCCUGAUGCAUUCAGUUCGCCUGCUAAGAAAGAAAAUAAUGAAUUAGAUUCUCGCCCUAGUAGUCCAGAAUUAGGUAAAGUCUUAUCUGCUAGUCCCUCGCUUGCACAAGCGGUACAGGCUUUAAAUGCAGAUCCACCACUAGCCACAAGCGAGUUAGAAGAACAAGCACCUGCAAGUAGUAGUAGCAGUCCAUCCAGAGAAGUAAGAGAAAUUUUAUCCCUUUCAAAAGAUGAAGAACCAGAAACUGAGAAUAAACCAGAAACUACCAAUACUGCUGAUGAAGAUUGGCGUAAUAUUCCGAUGGUAUUAUUAAAAGAUGUAAGCAGGCAUGCAAUGCAGGAAGCUGAUGGAUUCGCAAACGACGAAGAAAAAAGAAAAAAAUUAAAAGACGAAUCAAAAUCGACGACACAUACUACAGGAAAUGCUGAAAAUACCUGGCAAACAGCAAAUGAAUUAAAUACUCUUGAAUUAAUAAAUAAAAUAGAGUCAAUUUUAGAAAUAAUUCAAGAUCAGCGACAAGAAUUAAGAGAAUUACGUACUGAAGUGACUAGAUUAAGACAAGAGACACCAAUUUCCACAAGAAUAGAUUCUGCUUUAACACGAGCUACGCAACAACAAACUGCAACUUUUGAACAAACAUUAUAUGGCCAAAUGGCUCGCCAACACGAAUUUCUUAAGACACUUGAAACAACAAUUAAAGAUAAAAUUGAGACUACUUUACCACGUAUUAUAGAAAACACAAUAGAACCGUUAAAGCACCAACUUAGAUUAGAUUCUGCUCGAAUGGAUGAACUCUUAAAAAAGAAUUUGACAGAUUUAAUUAAUAGCAAUCAUAUAAAAGAUACACUUGCUAUGGCAGCAAUGAAUGCAGCAAAACCAGCAUUAGACGCAGCAUUUAAAGAAGCUUUUACAAAUAUUCUUUUACCUGGCAUGGAAAAAGCAUGUCAAACAAUGUUUAGACAAGUACAAGAUGCUUUCGUUAGGGACCUUCAAAAUGUGGAUGCAAUUGCAGAUAAACAAUAUCAACAAAAAAAUGAACAACAAAGCGAAGCAUUAUCAGCAUUAGUUCGCAAAGAACUACAAACCGAAAUAAAUAGAGGUUUAAUUAUUCUUCAAGGAGAAAUGACAUAUAUUCGUGAUUUUAUUAAAGAUCAUUUGAAUCAACAACUUUCUGAGAUAACAAAUGCGCGUUCACGAGCUACUACACCUGCUAUACCAGUAUCUGCAGUUGCCGAUGAUAAAGCGCGAGUUAUAUCUCUUCUUCAACGAGGACAAUUAAAUGCUGCCUUCCAACAAGCUCUUAGUGCUAGUGAUUUAGGAUUGGUAGUAUUAGUUUGUGAAAAAACAGAACCUUCCAGAGUAUUUUCUUCAGUAGGACCUCAAGGUCAAACUUCAAGAUGUAUUUUACAACAACCUGUAAUUCUUUCACUUGUACAGCAGUUAUCUGCAGAUUUAGGACAUCGUACAGAACUUAAGCAUAGGUGGCUUGAAGAGGCAAUAUUAAAUUUAGAUCCUAAUGAUCCAGUAACACGAGAACAUAUGGGUACUGUGUUAAUGACUUUGCAAACUCAGUUGGCUACUUUUGUAGCAGCUAAUCCAAGUCACAGUUCUAUUCGGCGCAUGAAAAUGUUAGCUAUGGCUGCACGCGCACUUUUAAAUCAACAACCUUGAUGUUACAUACGUAUGGAGUAGAGAAACCUCAUUAACAUCAGGUUUUAUAUGUUUUGUUUAAAAAAAUAUCUUAAUCUGAAAGUAAUAUUCACAUUAUCUUCAUAUUAAGACUGGCAGUAAUUUACAUAGAAUAUGACAGAAUAUUGUAUAACGACUUAUCGUUAGCAGUUUACAUAAUUUGUCGCAACUUGCACCUAUAAUCUUUUUAAUUUACGAAGCAUAUAUGUUUAUAAAAUAUUCGAGAGUUUACCAAAAAAUUAUUUUCUUGACUUAAAUAAAUAUUAUAUAAAUGUAUUAUACAAUAUAACUAAAGUGAUAUAAAUAAGAUUGUCGUUAAAAUAAUGACAAUACAUAAUAAAAACAAUUUAAAUUAUAAAUUAUUUUAUCGAUUAUUAAUAAAGUUUUAUUAAUCACCAAUAUUAUUCUAUCGAUAUAAAAAGAAUUUAAUAACUUUU